AUGCGCAAGCGGCUUUACAGCGAUGUGUGGGCCCUCGCCAGGGCUCAUCGCGGCCUCCUCUCCAUGCCUAUGCGGGGCAAUCACAGCCCAUCACCGGGCGGCCGCCUGGUGACUGCAGCCGGCUGCCCCGGCAGCGCCUAUGGUGACGUUUCCCCUUGCGGCGGCAGCGACGGCGACGGCGGCGGCAGCAGCAGCAGUGUGGCCAGCAAUGGCAGCGUCCUCGGCAACGGCAAAAGCAGCAGGGCCGGCAUCCCGGCGAUUGCACCAGCGCCCGCGCCGCCGUCACCUGCACAGUGGCCCCGCAGGCGCCGCCGAACGCUGUCGCUGUCCCCGGCCAUCCCGCAGGCCGCGCCUCAGAAGGAAGUUGUGUGGCCGAGCAGCAGAGACUGGGGCGGCUGGGCGGUGGGCGCGUCGGCGGUGUAUGCGCCGACGGCCGAUGGCAGCGGCACGUGCAGCGGAGGCAGCACUGCAGGCUCUGUUGGCGAAGUCGAUGCAAUUCACCCAGAACAAGGCAGCGAGAGCAGCAGCAGCAGCAGCAGCAGCAGCAGCAGCAGCAGCAGCAGCAGCAGCAGCAGCAGCAGCAGCAGCAGCAGCAGCAGCAUCGGUAGCACCAGGGGCAUUGGCGGCAGCGGCAGCGAGGGCGGUGAUGGUGGCAGCGGUGGUGGCGAUGGCGAUGGCAAUAGGAGCAGGGCGAGCGCCGCCAGCGUGCCAGCGGCAGGCCCCAUGCGGCGGCGCUCUCGGCUUGGCCUUGGCCUUAGCUCCGCAGCACCUUCGAGUGCGGCCGCCCGCAGUGCGGGCAGCAGCGGCACCCGCAGCACCAACCGCAGCGGCGCGGCCAGCCCGCAGCCGGGCGCGCGCUCUUGGGGCGCCGCGCCACUCGCACGCGGUGCUCCGCAGCGGCCGUUGCUCAGCGCGCCUUGCGCUUCAGAGGUUGGCGCCGGCCCCAGCAGCAGCGGCAGUGCUGGCGCCGUCCGGGCUCCUUGGGACGAUCCCUAUCCUGCAGCAGCGGGCCGUGACAGCGGCGGGCCGUGCGCGGCGGCGACGGCGGCAGUGGCGGAGGCAUCAACAACAACCACUGGCCGUCGUCAACACUGGCGGCCGCAGCGUAGCAGCCUGGGGCAGACGUCAUUGUUACAACAGCUGCCCUCAAGCCCAUAUCAGCAGCAACGCCAGCAGCAGCAGCAGCAGCAGCAGCAGCAGCAGCAGCAGCAGCAGCAGCAGCAGCAGCAGCAGCAGGAGGAGCAGGAUCAAGAUGGCCACUGGCUUGACCACUGGUCGCUCGACCAGCCGCGGCACUUCUGGGCGCAGCUGCUGCACUGGCAGUUGCACCUGCCAUCAGACUCCGACGCCGCGGCGCCGGCGUCAGGCGCCGCGGUCGGGCCGGGGGCGGUGGCGGGGACCGGUCCCAUCGGCGGCCCGUUUGACUGGUCAGAUUCGCUGGCGGCCCUGGCGCCAGAGUCUGUUGAUUUGAGCGUGCUGGUGGACAACACGCCGGCGUCUGGCAUCUUGGCGGGCGUGGACGAUCUGGGGGGCACUCAGCUGCGGCUCAUCUGGCUCGCGGUGCACGAGCGGCCUGGCAGCCACGAUGCGGACGGCGUGGCGGGCCGCGGCGACGGCCGCGGGGCCGAAAGCGAGGCUCUGGUGUUUGCUUGGGAGUGCAAGCUCUUGGAGGCGGCGGAUGAGCCCGGGCUGCACGAUGCCGAAGAGCAGCGCCAACAGUGGCCGUCAGAGCAGCGGCUGCAGGGGGGCGAGGCGGCCGGGGCGGCGCACGCUGGGUGGCGCGGGCUCAGAGCACGGCUGGGGUCCGCGGCGUUUGCCGUGACCGAGCCUCAACUGCCUCGGCGGCCACAGCUGCACGUGCGGGGCCUCUCCUUUGGCGCUACUUCACCCUCUGGCAGCCGAAAACCAGGUGCAGAAACAAAGGCCGAAACCGUAGCAGCACCGCCAGCAACAGCACCAGCAGCAGCAGCAACACCACCAGCAGCAACACCAGCAGCAGCAGAAGGACAAGCAGCAGCAGCGACAGUGCCGAGCGGCGACGCCGGCGCGGGCGGCCCCACGCAUGAUCAGUCCGCGGCCCCGCCGCCGCCGCCCGCCGGCGCCUGGCGCACCUUUGUCCUCGCCGUCCGCGGCGGCUUCAGCGUCGAGGGGCCCCAGCACACCACGUUCCCAAACGUGGUGGCCCACCUGGGGGACGGCCGCAUCUGCCACAACGCCCGGUCACUGGCCGACCUGGCUGACUUUGUGGCUGCGCCCGUCGAGUCCGCGGUCCGCGCGCACGCGCUGAACCUCGUGCGCUGCGCGCAGCAGCGGCCGGACGCGGUGAUGCCGCCGCAGUGGUGCAUGCGGCUGCUCCAGGCGCGGUGGGGGCCGGCGGCGCUGGAGCGGUUUGGCAUCUCGGUGGCGACGCUGCUGGUUAUGGGCCUCUAG